AUGGAUGCUAUUGAUGAUUUCCAGACCAAUCGGAAGAAGGGGAAGGCUCCAGAACGGCUCUCGAUCUCAGAGGUUCAAAUUCAUGAACGAAAGAGACGUCGAAUGUCCUCUCCGAAGAGCACGUCAACCGGAAUAUUCCCCGUCGACGUCUGGCAUAUGAUUGCCGAUUUCAUUCCCUCUCAAGACACUCAGACGCUGAGUGUUCUAACAAGGGUUUCGAAAACGCUUUACAAAACCCUUAGUGCAAGGCUUUAUCGAGACUUGAUUGUUGCCGCUCCAUCUAAUCGAAAUUUCCCAGGGUGUAUCAAAGUUCUGGAUAGAUAUGUCUCGAUAUCCCAACGCGAUUCGCUGCGGACAAAUAUUCCAAAUCCAGGCCCAGGUCCUAUAUCUGCUCUCUUGAGCAUUGCUACAACCAUCCCCGAAAACACUGACCAAAACUUGGUGCCUUACUGUGCACGAUACGUGAAGCGUUUGCUCGUGGGGUGGAGCAAUCCUGGUCCAGAACGUCUUCCCAUAUUAACAGCAUGCUUAGAACAGGCAUUCGAGAAUCUCACUGAGCUUGAGGUUUUGAUAUGGCUUGAUAACCAUAUUUCAUUUACGGGCACGAUCGGCCAACGUCUAGCAAAGCUGAACCUAAAAGCAUUUGCCUUCAAUUUCUCUUGCCCACGGGGCCCUUCUUCGUUAUCAAGUAUUAAGAAUUUGGUGUAUUUAGAUAUCUUUCGGACUUACGACGGAAGUGGAAUUAGGGACCUGCUCUGGCAGUCGAAAGACACGCUGAAAACUCUGAUAUACGAAGAAGGUGUUAUCCCAGACUCUGAUCAAGUCGAUUCUCUGAAAGACCUUCUUCAUGAUGGUGAAGUCAUCAGGUUGCCAAACCUUACCACUCUUUGUCUUAAGAUAAAUCGGCUCACUUUGCCUGAAGCCCGGUGCCUUCUCUCCAACAUCAAUUUCCCCCGUCUCACAUAUUUUGAAUUUUCAACUUUUAAGAGGAAUUUGCUUGCGGGCCAAGAAGAUGAAGAACCAUUCACCCACCAAGCUCUAUUCGAAGCCCUAUUCGAAGCGUACGGCUCGAACGUUCAGUCUGAGCGUCUUAUGCUAAAAACAUUCCGAUUCCGAUCCCAACUUCCUGUGUACCCAGACCGGUAUUUCCUAGGGCUUCUUGGAUCAUUCUCAACACUGGAAACAUUUAUCUUUGAAGAAACUGGUGAUAACAAAGGGGAUGCAGGCAAAGAAGAUGUAGAUGGAUUGCUUUCGGCAUUAUCCAGCCACAAAAACCUCGAGUGGCUAUCUAUUCACAUCCCGUACUAUACAGAAAAACGAUGGCAAUUCUCCCUCGAUCACUUUACCAGAUUACGCGAUUGUUUCCCGGGACUAAAGCAUCUGGCUUGCUCCUAUGAACCUAAAAAGUCCACAUCAAGGAUGGGGCGCCCUAUCUCGCUCGCGGAGCUCUAUGAUAUGGAACCAGAAAUGAAAGAACAACCAACUUUCAGCGUUCUCCCAACUAUGACGAACCUCCUUUCCUACGCCAUGCCAGGCAUCCGUCAGACCAACGGAUGGAUGAGUAUUUCCGGCGGAGCACGGUUGGGUGUAAUACUCCACGAAAUCAUGCCGGAAUUCCUUCGACAGCUGACAAUCGGCGAAGGAAAGAGACCAGAAAUACGGCGCUGGGAGGAUAGAUACAAACUAUCAGUGUUAACGCUAGGGAGCAUAUCCUUCGAAAUUAAGUCGGGAUCCCCUGAUGAGAUGAAGGACGAGUAUGAAGAGGUGUUCAAGUCUGCGGACGGGACUUUAGAACACAUUUAUGUUAGACGGAUUCCUCCAGGACGGUUGUAUGAUGGGGAUUAUCCAACCGUAAAUUCCAUGAAGGCUGUCGAGUGGAGGGUCCGAAACUACAAUGGGACGAGAGGGGACUGGCUCCAAGGAAUUAAGCUGUAG